AUGGCGGCGGAGGCGCAGCCCCAAAUCGUGGUCGAGGUGGCCGACCAACCACCUUCGCCGAGACGACCGAGCCGCGCGUUGAAACCGAGCGCGAAAGCUCGCGAAGCCAUGCAAUCGCUCGAGGACGUGGCUACCACGUCGAGGAGAGCGGCGAGCGAGACCACGCGGGCGGUUACGACGCGAGGAGCACGCGCGUCUGGGAUUUUAUAUGGAGCCAACAGCCGGAUCGAGACGGGGAAGUCAGGUAUACAGAUGCUCCUGGAGGCGAUCAACGAACAACGAGACGAAAUGUACCGAAUGAUUACCGAGCAGCGAAACACGAUUGGCGAACUACGUGAGGUGAUUUGCAAGCAGCACGACGCGAUUCAAGAACUACAUCGCCAACUUGCAGACACCAGGACCCAGCUUUCUGAAGAACUGAGACAAGCGCGGGAUCAGAUUGAUACCCUUCAACGCCACCCGGUAGCCAUGGCUUCGUCCCAACCAAGCGCAAGAGGGUCAUACGCCGAAGUCGCUCGCACCCCACCAUCAAGCCAGCCAAGCGGUGUGCGCACCCUCUCCUCGCGAAACACGACGCCUUCAUCCUUUACCGACACGUUGUUCUGUACGAUCGAUACAUCUAGGGUGGAGGAGAAAGAGAAGGGAAACGUCCAGGUGGCGGACAUUAGAAAGGCAAUCGAGACAGAGGCCAGGGCACAGGAAAGCAUGGGAGACUGGCGUUGCGCUGCGGUUGUGAAGGAGGCCCGAAACCCGGACCGAGUCAGAGUAAUCUGCAGGGACGAAGGCGAGGUCCAGCUCGUCAAGGAAGCGGCAGUGAAGAUCAGUGUUCCUGGAGUGCGGGUAUUGAGAGACCAGUUGUACCCGGUGAGGGUAGACAAUGCCAACCGAACAGCGGUCCUCGAUGCGGACGGAAACAUCCUGCCGGGAGCCGCAGAGGCGCUAGGGACAGAGAACGACGUCAACAUUGCGAAGAUUGCCUGGCUCAGCAGGAAGGAUACAAGCAAGGCCUACGGCUCGAUGGUUGUCUACGUGACGAAGGGCAGCGAAGCAAGGCGACUUCUAGACGGGCGUUACUUCCAUCUCGCCGGAGAAUCCGCUUACACGACCGUUUUCGCGCCCCGGGAAGGCCCAAUCCAGUGCUACAGAUGCCAGGAGAUCGGCCAUAAGGCCUUCGCCUGCAAAAAGCCGCAAAGAUGCGGAAGGUGUGCGGAACAGGGUCACCACCACAAGACGUGUCAGUCCGUGUUCAACGUCCGCAAACGGAGAGAAGUGCAGCAGAGUCUGCUAAGCGACGAGGGACUCAAGGACUUCGCAGUGCUGGCCAUCUCCGAACCAUAUGCCAGGCUGAUCGAAGGCUCGGUGACGACGGUCCCAAUGAGUCAUCACAACUGGACGAAGCUGAUACCAACGACAAGACGAGAAGCCACGUGGCCAAUUCGGAGCAUGCUAUGGGGUGGUAGUGACGAAGCACUGGAAGAUGCAAUGAGGGAAAUUGACCGACUGAUUAGGAGGUUUCGAAACGGAACAGGGACGAGAACGGAUAUCAUCCUGGCGGGCGAUUUCAACCGCCACGACCAGCUUUGGGGAGGGGACGAUGUCUCACCACGGAGACAAGGCGAGGGAGACCGCAUCAUCAACCUCAUGGACGAACACUCCCUCUGCAGCCUCCUCCCAAGAGGCACGAAGACGUGGCAGUCAGGCGACAUUGAGAGCACAAUCGACCUGGUACUGGCCUCUGCAGAACUAGCAGACCAACUACUCAGAUGCACGAUUCACCCCUGCGACCAUGGCUCAGACCACAGAGCAAUCGAGACAGCUUUUGACACCACGGUGGAGGACCGUCCCAGUGAGACGAGACAUACACGUUUUGGAGAAACCAGGCGAGAUCUCGACGUAGGAUUGGGCAAACAGCACCAGAGCUCGAACAACGAGCCAGGAUGGCGAGCCAAAGAGUACCACGACGCCAUCCGCAGACAGAAGAGUUCGCAUUGGCACGACUUCCUGGCCGAUGACGCUAACAUCUGGCAAGCAACGAAGUAUCUGCAAACCGGCAGCGGCACGAUGGGCGAUAAGAUACCCCCGCUCGUCCGACCCGAUGGCUCCAUCACGGAGGGUAAAGCAGAACAAGCGCAGGAGUUACUCACCGCCUUCUUCCCACCUUUGCCAGCGAGAAUCGAAGACGAGGGCCAACGACCUCAACGGGCGCCGGUACACAUGCCAGACCUAACAAUGGAGGAGAUAGAACAAAAGGUCCUGUCCGCUAAGCCAUGGAAGGCGCCCGGGGAAGACGGUCUACCGGCAAUGGUAUGGAGACAGCUCUGGCCAGUGGUCAAAGACAGGGUGCUCCAUUUAUUCCGGACGUCGCUUCGAGACGGCGACAUCCCCAGCCAGUGGAGGAAUGCCAAGAUCAUCCCAUUGAAGAAGCCAGGGAAGAGCGAAUACACUCUAGCCAAGUCCUGGAGACCCCAUCUCGCUGCUCUCCACGCUGGGAAGAGACGCUCGACCGAACAGGCUCUCCUUCUGCUUCAGGAACACAUCUACAAAGCAUGGAGAGCUAGGAAGGUGCUCAGUUUGAUCAGCUUCGAUGUCAAGGGCGCAUACAAUGGGGUCUUCAAAGACAGGCUUCUCCAGAGGCUCAAGGCAAGAGGGAUACCUGAACCCCUGGUCAAGUGGAUCGACGCCUUCUGCUCCAAGCGCACAGCGACCAUUGCCGUAAACGGGUUCACAUCUGGACGGCAAGAGCUGCCCCAAGCGGGUCUUCCGCAAGGAUCGCCGCUGUCUCCAGUGUUGUUCCUCUUCUUCAACGCCGACCUAGUGCAGCACAAGAUCGACGCGAACGGAGGCGCAAUUGCCUUCGUGGACGACUACACUGCCUGGGUAACGGGCCCGUCAGCGGAGUCGAACCGCACUGGAAUCCAAGCUAUCAUCGACAAAGCCCUUGACUGGGAGAAACGGAGCGGUGCGCAGUUUGAAGGCGAAAAGACAGCCAUCAUACACUUCACGAGGAACAUGGAGCGAUUUUCAGAACAACCGUUCUCGGUCAAAGGCGAAGUGGUCAAACCGAAGGAAAGUGCGAAAAUCCUAGGUGUCGUGAUGGAUCGCGAACUCCGCUACAAGCAGCACAUUGCUAGGACGGCAGCUAAGGGCCUCGCAGCCGCUCUGGCCCUGAAGAGGCUGAAGAUGCUUUCCCCGCGGACAGCGAGACAGCUAUUUGUUGCGACAGUAGCCCCGGUCAUGGACUACGCUGCCAAUGUCUGGAUGCAUGCGUGCGGGGAAAAAGCACUGAGCUGGCUGAACAGGGCGCAGAAGAUCGGGGCCCUGGCCAUCACGGGAGCCUUUCGAACCGCGGCAACAGCCGUGGUGGAAGCUGAAGCGAGCAUCUACCCCGUACGAGAACGACACGCCCAGGCGGCAGCCAGUCUGUGGAUCAACAUCCACACGCUGCCCGGAACGCAUCCCCUUGCCAUGAAGAAAGUCCGGACCACCGUACGAUUCGUAUCUCCGCUGCAGAAAAUUGCCCGCGUGGCUGAAGGAGUACGAGUUGACCGGAUGGAGACAAUCCAGGAAUACGCCGUCCCGCCCUGGGUACCUCGCCUACGACCGACGCUCGAAGCCGAUCGAGGGAAGGCGGCCGAGAUGAACCCAUAUACAGCAGAGCUAGCAGCCAUCGCAAUGGCCCUGGAGAAGUUACCGGCUAGCAUCUGCCACAGGCACAUCACCGUGAUCACUAGGAACCAGUCAGCGCUGGCAGCAGUUGGACAGCCGCGGCAGCAAUCCGGCCAAAGCAUCAUACGGCAAAUCUACGACUUGGCCAGGCUGCACCGACAAAGAGGGAACUCGGUCAACUUUCUGUGGAUACCAGCGGAGAUUGACUUCGCGCUGGGGUCAGAUGCCAAGGCAGCAGCCCAGAGAGCGUCGAAGCAAGGACGCACACCCGACUCCCAAAUACCCCAGGCCAAGUCUACCGCGAUGAGGCUGGCAAUGGAAAGACAACGGGCGACAAGAGUUCUACCUGUAAGCGUGGGCAAGUUCUCAAAGGCCAUGGACGCAGCACUACCAGGCAAGCACACGCGCCAUCUCUAUGACAAGCUGAAGCGAAGGGAGGCCUGCGUAUUGGCGCAGCUCCGAACCGGAAUGGCGAGACUGAACGGUUUUUUGAGCAGGAUUGGGGCGGUCGAGUCAGACCUUUGUGCCUGUGGACAAGCGAGGGAAUCAGUGGAACACUUUCUUUUCCGAUGCUUGAGAUGGACAGCUCUGAGGGAAGACAUGCUGCAAUGCACAGUGGCAAGACGAGGAAGCCUCUCGUUCUAUCUGGGAGGGAAAGCGCCAUCAGAUACAAGGCAUUGGUCACCAGAUAUGAAGGCAGUCCGGGCGACGAUCAAAUACGCAAUGGCAACAGGAAGGCUGGAGCUGAAUGAGGAGGAGAGUCUAGACCAGUCACAGUAG